CUUUAGACUCCGCCCCUCCGCCUGCGCGAAUGAAAGCUCAUCAGUUUCCUGAGGCUCUGGAUCCAGAAAGAACCGCGGAGCAUUAAUAACCUCUCUUCACACUGGAGGGGUUCUUCUUCCUGCACUGGAUCUGUCCAGGGGGUUUUAAACUCUGGAGCCACUUCUUCUUCUUCUUCUUCUUCUUCUUCUUCCAUGCAGCUCUGCGCCACUUGCGCGGAUUUAAACGUCCAGACGCUUUUAUGAGUUGUGAAGGAGGAGUAUUUUCUUUUUUUCUCGUCAGAACGAGUUAACCUCGGAGUCUAGCUCUAUCAUUUAUGUAUUCAUAAAUAGUCCAGACCACACCAUGGGACACUCCUCUGUCCGGAGCCGGGACCUGGAGCCCUCGGACGCAAGGACCAUGUAGCUGAAGGUAGUGAACUGGUGCUGCAGACACCACAGCGCACAUGUCCUGCCAGUUAUCCAGAUUUUCCCACUCUGGCUCAUCCGGAAAUCUCCGAGUAGAGUUCCGACAGUAUCCCUGCAGCCAGCAUCUUCCAGAGACGGAUGUGGGGCUGUCAGCCCACACUGGUUCUGACUUUUGGAAGCAUCAGUAUAGCUGCCGCUGAGAGACCCACCAAGAGGCCCAGGAUGUCAGGAUGCCCAUCACUCAGGACAACGCCCUCAUCAUCCUCCCACUGCUGGAGGACUGGCAGGGAGGACAGAGCACACGAUCACAGCAGCAGCGCAACCUGAAUCAGGACAGCUCUGGCUACAAGCAGGUGGAUCAGGACUCCAACCACAAUGGGGAGGGUGACAGUGUGUGCAGCAGCUGCAGUGUCAACAGUGUUAAUGUGGAGGACAUGUCCCUGUGUCUGGCUGCCAUCCAGAAGUUGGUGGAGUACAUUAAGUUCAACUUCAUGGAGGGGGACGCAACUCCACCAGCCAGCCCAUCCCCCUGUAGAGAGGGCUUAGAUGUGGAGGUUCAUGCCGUUUUCCUCAGUAAAGAUGACGGGGAUACUGCUGAGUUUGGCCUCAGUUUCGGGAACAUCCCUAUUUUUGGGGAUCCUGACGGACGAAAGAAGGGAGGGCCGAGGAGGAGGCGGGACCAGGGCCCCAUCAUGGACGUGGGCUGCAUCUGGGUGACAGAGGUGAAGAAGAGGAGCCCGGCAGCCCGCUGUGGGAGGAUCAAGUUGAGGGAUGAACUGCUGUCACUGAACGGGCAGCUGAUGGUGGGAGUGGACGUCAGUGGAGCCAGUUACCUGGCCGACCAGUGCUGGAAUGGCGGCUGCGUCUACCUGAUCAUGCUGCGGCGGGUCAAGCGGAAGGCUCCUCUCCCUCCCUCCGAUGUGAACGGCGGUGUCAGUCACCCGGUCUGCAGUGAGAGCUGUGAGGACCAGCGGCCGGGCCGAGCCGCCUCUGAGCCCUCCGACGCCUCUGCAAACUGCAAACGCACACGCAAGUUUGGUGUCAUAUCGCGAUCGUCCUUCACCCGCGACAACAGGGACGGCGCUGACUCGGAACCUCAAAGCUGCAUCAACGGUCACAGCUCUUCUGUGCCCACUGAUGCAGAAGUCAGUCCUCCGGACGAUGAGUCAGAUUACAGCUUCUCCACACGUACCCCCACAGAGGAGAGCUGCGACGCCUUCCCCCAGGUGAGGGCUGCUCCCCAGCGGCCGCACUACAGAGGCACCGCCACCCUCCCUGCACGCUGUCACAGUCAGCUGCUGGAAUGCAAAGUGGAUUCAUUCAGCAGUGAACCUUCGAGCCAGCCCAGAGAGGGCAGCCUCAUCUGGAAGAUGCACAUGGUGAAAGGUCAGGAGGGCCUCGGCAUACAGAUCACAGGGGGGCGUGGCUCCAGGCGCUCACCUCAUGGCAUCAUCAUAGCUCAUAUAGAAGAGGGAGGAGCCAUUCACAGGGACGGUCGUCUCCACGCCGGUGACGAGCUGCUGAUGAUUAACGGUCGGUCUCUGGUCGGUCUCACUCAUCAGGAGGCCGUUUCUAUCCUCCGAUCCUCUACUGGUCUGGUCCAACUGGUGGUGGCCAGCAGGGAGGAGUCCGAUGUGGGUUUCGAGCGCUUCCCUUCCACCAGUCUGCCCGACCUGGUCAGCACCUGCAGCUCCUCCUCCUCCCUGUCCCAGACGGUCCCUCGCUCACCACAGAUCUCCAACAGCAGCACGAGUCUGAACAACCCCUUCCUGUUGACUAACCUGGAGAGACUAGAAGAACAGAGUCAUGUGGAGGCGCCCAAAGGAUCCUGCAGCCCCACACCCAUAAAGCUCUGCAGUCGACCCCAAGGGGGGAGCAGUCGCCUGGAGUCUGUGGGGGAGGAUGAUGAGCUGUUUGUGGAAAAUGAUCUUAGCAGCUGUGAAGUCGUGGAGAAGCCUCCACCUGGCCGACGUAAACACUCACUACCUCAACAACUAGAUACUGCUGGAGUCAGACAGGAGUAUCAGAUAAUUAAGAAAUCCGCCCGCUCCCUGAGCACCGUUCAAGUGGAGUCUCCAUGGCGACUGGCGCAGCCAUCUAUUAUCUCCAGUAUUGUGCUGAUGAAAGGCCAGGGCAAGGGCCUCGGCUUCAGUAUUGUUGGUGGGCAGGACUCAGCUCGUGGUCAGAUGGGGAUUUUUGUCAAAACCAUUUUCCCUCAUGGAGCAGCAGCAGCUGACGGACGACUGAAAGAGGGAGACGAGAUUCUGGAGGUGAACGGAGAGUCUCUCCAAGGACUCACACACCGACAGGCCAUCCAGACCUUCAAGCAACUGAAGAAGGGCGUAGUGACACUGACCAUUCGGACCCGUCUGCGCAGUCCCAGCCUGACGCCCUGUCCCACCCCCACGCUCCUCAGUCGCUCCAGCUCGCCCAACUCCAACACCAGCGGGGGAACGCCGGUCCCCUCAGGCGGUGAGGAGGCGGACCGCCGCAGGCUCCCCGGUCCUGGUCCUAAAGACUGCGUCAUCAUGGAGGUCACGCUUAAUAAAGAGCCUGCUGUUGGUCUGGGGAUUGGAGUUUGCUGUCUGACCCUGGAGAACUCUGCUCCUGGCAUCUACAUCCACAGCUUAUCUCUGGGAUCUGUGGCCAAGAUGGACGGCAGGCUCAGUCGUGGCGAUCAGAUCCUGGAGGUGGACUCCGUCAGUCUCCGUCAUGCUGCUCUCAGCGAGGCCUACGCCAUCCUCAGUGAAUGUGGCCCAGGACCAGUGAGUCUGAUUAUAAGCAGGCACCCUAACCCCAAGGUAUCAGAGAAGGAGAUGGAUCAGAUUAUAGCUCGAUCCACACACAGGGACAAGAUGAACAGGAGCAGAAACUCCUCUCACUCACAAGGUCUGUCUUGUAAGAGCCCGUACCCCACGCUGAGGGACCGGCAGGGGAGUGGCUCCCCCGCCCUCAGCUGGACCAUGAAGAGGUUCCUGGAGCCUGCCAGCAGACAGGGCUCCCUCAGCUCGGAGACAGAGUUAUCGCAGUACUUCUCCCAGGACUUGUCCAGACACUCGUUCCUGUCGGACUCCGUGCUCAGUGAUGAUGCUCCCCACCAGCAGAGCUGCAGCACCUCCAUGGACGACAACACACCACAGACACACGCCUUCACCCCCUCCCUCGUCGAAGUGGAGAGUGGCCAUGUGUUCAACGCGUCGCACGACAAGACACCUGUCCCUCCUGAUCGCCAUGGAGACGAGGUCUGCCCCCCCAUCGCUGUCUCCAGCCCCACGUCGGUGCGGAGCCCACUGCUACGUCAGCGACGGGUGAUGUGCUUUGAGGAUGAGUUUAGUGAAGAUGAGGACUCGGACAACACUGGAAACCCGUGGCUCUUCCCCAGACCAACACAACCUGACUCACUUCACCUGAGUGACGCCCGAGCAUCACAGACUUACAAAACGGGUCCAGCGGCUGUGGUCACUUCAUCUGCCACAUCGUCGUUAGAUGUAGACGGAGACGGUGACGGGACGACAUCACUCUGUGGUAGUUUCUCACAGUGCGAGGAAGGAGUUACCAAUAAGUCCAAGUCACCUGGUUCUGAGUUGCCCCUUGUGGGGGGGCCCAGCAGCGUGGGCUCUUUGUCCAGUAGUCUGACCGUCAGGAGUGAGAACUGUACAAAUCAAGACGACGGACAGUUGGAGUCAAAGCGCUCCCCCAAGCUCGAGCAUAAAGCAGUGACACGGGUCAAAAGCAUGAUGAGCAUCGAAGCACCAAACCAGCAGCAAGCGAGCAAGUCCAAAGCUGAUGAGCCGCCUCCAUCCCAGGUCACGCAGAGCGUCAGAAACCCCGGGGUGGCCGGAGGGUCGACGCCCUAUCAGCUCUGUCAGAGGGGAGAGGUCAGUGAGCUGGUGGGUGUUUGUGCUAUCGACUCUGUGACCCUGAGGAGGAGUGAGGACGAGUCUUUCGGACUUGACCUGGAGAUCAUGUCGUCCCCGCUGAAAGUCGUCAUCACUGGGUUGAAGCCGGGCGGCGCAGCAGAAAAGGAAUCUUCAGCUCUUCUUUGUCCCGGAGAUGAGAUUGUGAAAAUUGGAGACAAGCUGGUGUGCUCCUCUAGCUAUCAGGAGAUCUGUGAGCUGAUGAGGAACCUUCCCAUGACCCUGUGCUUGGAGGUCAAGAGACCGGUUUCAGCUGUAGAUCAACUGUCCAGUCUGAUCAUGUCAGCAGGGGGCAGUGACGGAGGCGUCAGGGUGAAUCCGGCCACAUCUGCACAGGCGACACCCGAUGAAGGACAAGUCAACUGUGCAGAUUCAGGGAACUCCAACGACACAAGCCAAACAGACCAUGACUUUCAAAUCCCCGUCACCAAUAUAGAUGACAUUUUACUAGAAGUGAGCCUCUGUGGUAAUAAGAACACACACACUCAACCUGCCUUCAAAACAUUAUCCAACGAGCCUGUAUCCUGUAACACUUUAACUCUCUCUGAUAAAGCUGCCGGUCACACUCCAAGACAGUCCAGUCAUGAUCCAACACAGUCGAGUCACACUCCAACACAGUCCAGUCACACUCCAACACAGUCCAGUCACGAUCCAACACAGUCCAGUCAUGAUCCAACACAGUCGAGUCACACUCCUACACAGUCCAGUCAUGAUCCAACACAGUCCAGUCAUGAUCCAACACAGUCCAGUCAUGAUCCAACACAGUCCAAUCACGAUCCAACACAGUCCAAUCACACUCCAACACAGUCCAGUCACACUCCAACACAGUCCAGUCACACUCCAACACAGUCGAGUCACACUCCAACACAGUCGAGUCACACUCCAACACAGUCCAGUUCCAGUCACACUCCAACACAGUCCAGUCACACUCCAACACAGUCGAGUCACACUCCAACACAGUCCAGUCACACUCCAACACAGGCCAAUCACGAUCUAACACAGUCCAGUCACACUCCAACACAGUCCAGUCACGAUCCAACACAGUCGAGUCACACUCCAACACAGUCCAGUCACGAUCCAACACAGUCGAGUCACACUCCAACACAGUCCAGUCACGAUCCAACACAGUCGAGUCACACUCCAACACAGGCCAAUCACGAUCCAACACAGUCGAGUCACACUCCAACACAGUCCAGUCACGAUCCAACACAGUCGAGUCACACUCCAACACAGGCCAAUCACGAUCUAACACAGUCGAGUCACACUCCAACACAGUCCAGUCACGAUCCAACACAGUCGAGUCACACUCCAACACAGUCCAGUCACGAUCCAACACAGUCGAGUCACACUCCAACACAGUCCAGUCACGAUCCAACACAGUCGAGUCACACUCCAACACAGUCCAGUCACGAUCCAACACAGUCGAGUCACACUCCAACACAGGCCAAUCACGAUCCAACACAGUCCAAUCAUGAUCCAACACAGUCCAAUCACGAUCCAACACAGUCCAGUCACGAUCCAACACAGUCUAAUCACGAUCCAACACAGUCCAGUCACGAUCCAACACAGUCCAAUCACGAUCCAACACAGUCCCGUCCCCUGGAUGACGGUAUUACGAAACGUGCCCUCCUCCUCCCUGUGGAGAAGACGCGUGUGGACCAAGCACAGGAAAAUGCUGGUGGUAGAUAUAUGUACCCCACAGGAGAGGACAGUGACUCUCACAGCGACUCCACCACUGACAGCAGUCGCACGGUCAGUAAGAUGGCCCACGCUGGUGGGAGUCAUGGUGAGCCCUCUUCCUCAGAGGAGGAGGAGGAGGUGGAGAUCUGUUCUGGUGAUGCCCAGCAACCUGCUGCUGGGGGACACGUUCAGUUCAGCGAGCCUCUCAAUGGUCAAGAAACGAACCUGGACCAGACGUUUGAUGUGACGCAGGUUUCCUCUGAGGUGUCAGAGACACACAAAGAAAACUCAGUGACAAGUCGGUGCUUGCAGCUUUCUGCCUCUGCAGAGCGACCAUGCCGAUCUUCCAACAGUACAAUGCCUGUGUCUUCUACACACUGCCACAGUAAUAGUGCCUUUGAGUCCUGUGACAAAGUUCAAGUAGGUUUGACCCCCAGUCCUGGAAGCUUCAGCAUUUACAGCCGCCCCUCCCCGCCCGACACACUCAGUGUCCCACAGGGUACAGACGCCUCACUGACCUCAGGUUCACUGCAGCAGCUGACCAGGACCACGGCGCUCUCACGUUCUGUGGAUUCAGAGACCUGGUGUCCACGCAUCGUCCGACCAGACACAAGAGGGACGGCGUCAGUGACAAACAAAGAAAAGGUCUUGACAUGUAGAGCUAACUUAACCCCCCAGGCUACCGCCCCCCUCAUGAAGACCUCCAGCCUCAACCCCCUGGGGAACCCAGACUGUCCUGUGUGGAGCAGCAUCUUUAAACUUCAGAUUGAAUCUCAAAUCAGACCAAACACCGGCGCUCCCAGACUGAAAGGCCUGAGUAUCAAGAGUCGGAACAAAGUGGGUGAAAGUCAGUUUCCCUCAAACGCCAGUGCCCCCUUGAACCAGUCGACACAUUCAGCAGCAGACGAGACUGACACAGACACUGUACGUGACAGAAGACAAGUCACAGCUGAACACAGGCAAAGAGGCGGCGUAUCACAGACUGUGCAUCUGGCCAAGGAGAAGGGCAUCGCUGUAGGUUCCCACGCUACAGUCAAACCACCGGGCCCGUCGCUCCAACCCUCCACUCAGAGGACAUUUAUAGAAGUUCAACUCUCCUCCAUAUGUGCUUCAUCCUCACCACUUGUGUCAGACUGUGAGAGGGUGAAUUCAGACGAGUCCAAACACACAGAUGUAAGAUUAACACCUCUGAUUUCUCCUGACCUUUCCACUGAAGAAAAGACUAACUCGGAGGUCUGCAACACAGGAGUUCAUUCACUGUGUUCCACGAAAGAAAAGAAUGGUUCAAGUCCCAGUUCCAAUGUGGAGACCAGUGGGAAGUCGAGCCCAUCCAGACUGUACGUAAAGACAAACGACAGGUGGAGCUUGUCCACGGACCCCAGCUCAUCUGCGGACUACAACCCCUUCUCUGUCCGACACAAGAUAAAGUCUUUUGAAAACCUGGCUCACUUUGACAAGCAUGUGGCUAGAAACAGUGACAUCCAGUCGUAUGCGCUGUCGUACAGAGCCUCGCUCAACCAGAGGAUUGCUGGUUACAUGGGCUCCGUCCAGUCCGUCGGCUGCCGCACACGGCAAAGGAGUUUUAGUUCAUAUUUGGAAAAUCGGGAACUCACCACACCCUGCUCACCCCCUCUUGGUAAAUCCCCAUCUAACAUGUCACUGAUGAACCUGGAGUAUCCACACGCCAGCUGUAACGCAGCCGCCCGGCUGGAGGCCGCAGUUCAAAAUGUUCCAGAUGGGAUCACACCACAGACGCCGCCGGUGCUGCGGAGGAAACACGGCAAACUCCCGCGCAGCCGGCUGCAGCAGCUCAGGGCUCUCAGUAUGCCUGAACUGGAAAAGCUCUGCACAGAGGACUUUGACCGAGGGCACGGGGCGGCCGAUCAAACCCAGACUGGCAUCCUUCCCACAAGACUUACAGUAGCCACGGGGAAGGAGAGCUGUCCCCCCUCUGCGGAGGUGGACAGGCUGAACCCGGGGGAUGGUGGAGCCACGGAGGAGAGUCAUCAGAGGAGCCCAGAGACGCCGGGCUGCUCCGUCAGUCAUGUGAGGUCAUUUGGACUGUUCCACAGUUCAACGGAGCUGGAUUCUUCCCCUGUGAGCCAGUUGGAGCUGCGAACGCGCCUGCUCUCCCCGACAGCGAGGUGGAACGUGUCGGCCCUGCUUCAGGAGGCCGACGACAACACUCACCUCGUUGUCCUGAGGAAAGAAGAAGGCUCGGGGCUCGGGUUCAGUAUCGCUGGUGGAGUUGACCUUGAGCAGAAGGCGAUCACUGUUCAUCGUGUCUUCACCAAAGGUGCAGCCAGUCUUGAAGGCACAAUCCAGAGGGGCGACAGCAUUAUAUCCAUAAAUGGCACAGGUCUGGAGGGUAAAACCCACGGAGAGGCCGUGUCCUGCCUUCAUCAAGCCCGGCUGUCCGACCAAGCCCUAGUGGUGAUCCGUAGAGACACGCACGGUGAGCCGAGCGUGUCUGACGGACGUGACUCGGUCAGCCAGCCACAGAGCGCGCGCUCUCCCAGGAACAAGUCUGUGGAAGCCGCAGCAGUGUUGGACGUUGGUCCAGACGGUGCUCUGAUGGUGGAGCUUCACAAGACCUCUGCCGGCCUGGGCUUCAGUCUGGAGGGGGGGAGGUCUUCCAGCCACGGAGACAGGCCUCUCACUUUCAAACGCAUCUUUAAAGGAGGUGCUGCAGAGCUGUCGGGGCUCAUCGAGGUGGGGGAUGAGCUCCUGUCCAUCAACGGCAGUUCUCUGCAGGGCCUCAUGCACCACGACGCCUGGAGAAUCCUCAAAGCCACGAGUGAAGGGCCCAACCAGCUCCGCGUCCGCAGGCGGAGGACCUGCCUGUAGCCCACCUCCCGGGGAGGCCCCCUGUGAAACAAGCCCUAGAUACCAGGAACACUUUUUCACUUUUUGUAUGAAUUUUCUGAUGGACUUGAUAUUGACCUGAGAUGUGAUAUUUAGUGUUUGGUCCUGUUACCUGUGUUUGUAUAUUGGAUGGCCACUGACUACUGUGGUGCACAAUGCUGGAUCAUGAUUUGUCGUAGACGGGACAGACACAGAUUCCUACUGUAGAUUGACUUUGGAAUGAUAAAAUAAACAAUAUGGUCUUUUCUUAAAAUGAAGUCACUAUGUGAAAA